CAAACCUACGUCAUCAGAAGGCGACUCAAACCCCGAAGCACCUCAACAUCAUAGCCACAACUCACGAAAAUCAACCUGACAACAAGAUAAACGUUACUUCGUUUACAUGUAAAAGUUCUUAAUCGACAUUUUACGUAGAAGUUGAACUAUUUGGCUAGCUGUAUAACGGUUUUAUGAACGGCUGCCCUGUGUGCAACUAGAAAUGGCAAUGAUGGCGGACUGUGUUGGCUUUCAGGCGCAGAUUGCUUCGAUAAUAGAGCUACUAGCUAAUUCGGCCGUGCUAGAGAUAUGUAAACUUGUGGACGAUGGUUAUGCCGCCCUUCGUUCACAAAUGGAGCUAGAGAGAGAACAAAGCGAGAAGGAGAAUGAUGAUCUGCGGAGAAGAUUACGAGACAUGGAUGUGAGGGUGCGGAGCUACGAACGAAAGCUGAGGAGACGCUAUCAACGGGAUGAAAUGCACAACGUCCAUUACAGACCUCCCGAAGCCCCCUCUGCAGUCUCUGCAGCCGUGGUUGCAAGUGAUGACCAUCCCAGCGGCCCUGUCGCUACAGCCGAAGAAGAGACUAAUACACACCACAUGCCACAGGAGGAAACCUCUUUGCCCCAGGUUAAACAGGAGAGAGCAGACUGUGAUUUGAACCUGAAAGUUGAAGUGAACAUCAGGUCGGAAACUGGUCCCACUGCCCAAGAGCCUAGUGAGGAAGCAGACAGCAGUGACCGACUGAAUGUGUCCCAAUGCUCCCCCACUGAGGACACGGUGGAUCUGACCUGCAGGCCAAAGCCCAAAGGCCAACCUAAGUCCUCCAAUCCUUCCACUGGCCCUGAUCCCAAGCUAGAGACGCAACCCGACUGUGCUGUCCAGUUGCCUCAGCCGCCCAUUGAAACUGAACCAAGUCCUGAGCGACUGAACAGCCUGGGCUUAGAUCUGGCCUGGAUGCAGGAGAGAGUGAGCCAUCUGGGGGCAGCGUUUGCUCAGGCGGGCCUGAACAACUCAGACAUUGGACACCCAUCUUGUUCCUACCCUACCCAAGUGGACAUGGAAGUCCCACCAACUAUGCUCUUCCCAGGAAACGCCCACGAAAUGGCCGCCUUUCCCAAUUUUGACCUCCCAACCAAUUCCUUAGCCAAUCAAAGGCGGCCUUGCAAGACCGGCUCGGACAAGGAGCCAAUGGUUUGCAACUUCUGUGGUCGGGUGUUCCCCAGCAUGGCCAGCCUAGAGGUGCACCAGCGGUCCCACACAGGUGAGAGGCCCUACAGCUGCCAGCACUGUGGAAAGGGCUUCGCUCAGCCCAACAACCUGCGGGUCCACCUGCUCAUCCACUCUGGCGAGCGGCGUUACCACUGCUCACUGUGCGGGAAGAGCUUCAUCUCCUCCAGUCACCUGAAGAGGCACCGCACCGUCCACACGCAGGAGAAACCUUACAGCUGCGCUCGCUGUGGCCAGUCCUUCAGCCAGUUGUGUAGCGUUCGGAGGCACAGGCAGCAGUCCCAGUGUGGGCUGUAGAGAAGGAAUGGAAGGAUUUAUUUUAGUUUUUUUAAGAAGACAAUAUAAUUGGGGUUGGAGGCGGUGAGUUUCGGUUAUGGAGUAUUAUGCUGAGCUGGGUCCGUUCCUACUUUCAGAUGCGGUUGAAUGCUUGGCUGGGAACCAAUCAGCAGUGCAGUGCCAAUUAUGACACAAAUCAAACUCUCCUCAAUUACGCAAAUGCUUUCAAGUAAUUUCCAUGUAACUGACACAGGUCUGGUGUGUCAUAUACGUGUGGGACUGGCAAGUAAGAGGCAGAAGGAGGGACGAUAUGUCAAAAGUGGGAUGGUUAUCGUCGGCUGUGUUUUUGCUUUCAUGAACAAAACUGAGGUUAGUGAAAAAGUCUGGAAAGCUGUGUGUGUGUGUGUGUCAAGUGCCGUUGGUCUGGACUCAAAGAACCUUUGUAGCAGAUGCAGUGUUUGACAAGCUAUCAGCUCACAGGAGUGGGUGUUGUUUGCUAUAUGGUGAGAAUAUCUCCCUUAAACACUAACUCUUAAUUUAGGUCUGUAGAACCGUCAUGUCAGAAACGUGUUUGUAAGCUGUGUAUGUAUGUAUGGAAAUGAUUAGGCCACUUGUAGCUCUAGGCUACACAGUUGGUACAUUUUGCCUUUUAGAAUAUCGGAAGACAUUAUAGGAUGUGAAUAGUGUAUGGUCAUUAAACCUUGUGUAAUAUUUACA